AUUGUGCUUUUACUGCCUCAACCACCAGCUCUCCAGCUCAGAAAAGGCUCUGGGUUCUCCUGUUUGCUGCUUCACACACUGAACAAGGACCACUGACAACAUUUCUCUCAGCAGCUCUGCAACUAACAAACAAAGAGAAUGAGGGGUACCGUAGUAAUGUUUUGCCUGAUUGGAGCCGUUUUUGCCAACCCAAUUUUUUUCAGUGCCAUUUCGGAAUCAAAUUCGCUUGACUCAAACUCGAGCUCUGAAGAAAGUAACUCUAUUCACAGUCAGAGCUCAGAGUCAGAAUCAUCAGAAUCCACAUCAGAGGACAAGACUUCAGAGGAGAGUAACACCAAUCAGAUGAGGAUGUUGCGAGUUGGGUCAACAGUUCGCAAGUGUCAUCAAAGACCUGAUUGCAGAGGACAACAGCAGGAUGGGAUCAGGGCUCAACCAGACCACCUGACUGAGAAACAGCCCACUCUUACCUCCACCAGCACAAACAGCCGAAAGCAGCAAGUGAGAGCACCAGCAGUGAGAGCACCAGCAGUGAAAGCACCAGCAGUGAGAGCACCAGCAGUGAGAGCAACCAGCAGUGAAAGCACCAGUAGUGAGAGCACCAGCAGUGAGAGCACCAGCAGUGAAAGCACCAGCAGUGAAAGCGACCCAGACCAACGAGACCAGUGAGGAGACUGCAGCAAAUCAAAGCCCCAGACUGUGGUGAAGGGAACUCAAAGCUGUGAGUAUUCUUCCAGGAUAGGAGACGAUGCUCAGUACUCAGUGGACAAUCUAAUGAUGCCAGAGGAGGCUGAAAGGGAGCUACAUUAAGGAGAUGAGGAGAUGCUCUUGUGCAGCUUUUUGUUUUAACCACUAUGAACUACUGCACAAUUGAAUGGCCUGGCCUGAAGACUUCAGACUGAUACAUUUAAAUCUUGCCCAUCGCUUUAGAAUGUUAAUUUUGGCAAUAUAAUGUUACCUGCAGCUGAUUUAUGUGUGUGGGUGUGGUGGUGUGUGU